AGCUCCAAUCCUAAACAAAAACGAAGUUUCGGGUCUUUCUGCGCGUGGAAAGACCACAGAGCGAGAGAGAGAGAGAGAGAGAGAGAGAGAGAGAGAGAUGUUGGAAGGCAAAGGAAUGGUGAAGGAGACAGACAUGCCGGAGAAGAUGCGGAGCCAGGCCAUGGCUGCUGCCUCUCGAGCACUCGAUCUCUUCGAUGUCUCCGACUGCAUCUCUCUAGCUGCACACAUCAAGAAGGAGUUUGACAGGGAGUAUGGGAGUGGAUGGCAAUGUGUGGUGGGCUCAAACUUUGGGUGUUACUUCUCUCACAAGCAGGGGACUUUCAUUUACUUUUCCUUGGAGAAGCUCAAUUUUCUCAUCUUCAAAGGAGCCUCUUCUUAAAGAGAGAGAGAGAGAGAGAGAGAGAGAGAGAGAGAGUGUGUCGAAAAGAUUGAAGUAAAAUGCCCAGAAAAGGAUUUCUAGUGACAGUGCGAAGAACUGAACACAUUAGCACUCAAAGUAACAAAAUGGCAGCAAGAAGAUCAUUUUUUUUUUCCCAAGAAGAAACUGCAUAAAAUGCCCUUUCUCAGAGGCUGAUCAAACCAAACUCUCUCCCCUUCAGCAUCUGCAUGAAUCAUACACACACCAACCAAGUCACAAGCAGAACAAACCAGGACAGA